UAUGUUUAUGUCACCUUAAUCUUACACGUAUCUGAAGUGUGCGAGACAUGAAAAUAUUGGGUUUUAAUUUACUGAACACCUCAUAAAAGUAUUAAAAUAUUUGUCGACCAUACUUCAGUUAACAGUAAUGUGGUUUAAUUAUAGCAAGGCAGUUGUGCGCGGAAUUUCAAAUAACUUCGCUGACGGCGCACUGAAGCUCGAAGAACCAAAUGAGCCUAUUGAUACAGAAAAAGCAAAGCAGCAGUGGAGGAAUUAUGUUAUGGCGCUCGAGAACCUUGGUCUGGAGAUCAUUGAAAUUGAGUCUGACAAUGAUUUUCCAGACUGCGUUUUUAUUGAGGACACUGCCGUAGUUUGUGAUGGCAUUGCACUAAUUACACGUCCUGGUCACAAUAGCAGACGGAAGGAGACAAUGGCUGUGAGAAAGACUAUAGAGAAACUAGGUUUGAAAAUCAUCAAUAUGAUUGAACCUGGAUUGAUGGAUGGAGGUGAUGUAUUGUUCACUGGCAGAGAAUUCUUUGUUGGUCUAUCAUCUCGAACAAACAAAGCAGGAUUUGAAACAAUUGCCAAAGCCUUCCCUGAUUACCCUGUUACUAGUGUUGACAUGGGAAAGCAUGGCAGUGCAUUGCAUUUAAAGAGUUGCAUGAGUAUGGCUGGACCAGAUCUGAUUGCUAUUGGACAAAGUCAAUUUGCACAAGAUUGUUGGAAAGUCAUUGAAGACAUGGGCAAGUUUAAAUACCAAAAGUUGUCAUUACCAGAGGAUAAAGCAGCUAAUGUACUGUAUAUAAAUGGAACACUUGUACGGCAAUCUGUGACAUGUAUACCAAAUUCGGUAAAUGUGUUUCGCAAGAUCAACUGUCGACAAAUGGAAGUGGACAUGUCAGAAUUAGCUAAAGCUGAUGGAUGCCUGUCUUGUUGUUCAUUAUUAAUGAAGUAGAUGUGUUAAUAAUAUUAAAAAAUGAUUAGGAAUGGUGUUA